GCCCGAGCCGAGCGGCUGCUGCUAGCGGAGGCGCCAUAUUGAAAGGGACAAAACUCCGGCGACAGCCAGUGACACAAACAAACCCCCGGACCCUCCCCCCAUUUCCCCAGCUCUAAGGGCCGAGAUGUUGUACCUAGAGGACUAUCUGGAGAUGAUUGAGCAGCUGCCGAUGGACCUGCGGGAUCGCUUUACGGAGAUGCGCGAGAUGGACCUGCAGGUGCAGAAUGCAAUGGAUCAACUAGAACAGAGAGUCAGUGAAUUCUUUAUGAAUGCAAAGAAAAAUAAACCUGAAUGGAGAGAAGAACAAAUGACAUCCAUCAAAAAAGAUUAUUAUAAAGCUUUGGAAGAUGCAGAUGAGAAGGUACAGUUGGCAAACCAGAUAUAUGACUUGGUAGAUCGACACUUGAGAAAGUUGGAUCAAGAACUGGCUAAGUUUAAAAUGGAGCUAGAAGCUGAUAAUGCUGGAAUUACAGAAAUAUUAGAGAGACGGUCAUUGGAAUUAGAUACUCCAUCACAACCAGUAAAUAAUCAUCAUGCUCAUUCGCACACACCAGUGGAGAAAAGGAAGUAUAAUCCAACUUCUCACCAUACUACAACAGAUCACAUUCCUGAAAAGAAGUUUAAAUCUGAAGCUCUUCUAUCGACUCUUACAUCGGAUGCCUCUAAAGAAAAUACACCAGGAUGCCGAAACAAUAAUUCUUCAACCUCUUCUAACAAUGCUUACAAUGUGAAUUCUUCUCAACCGCUGGCAUCCUAUAACAUCGGCUCAUUAUCUUCAGGAACUGGAGCCGGGGCAAUUACCAUGGCAGCAGCUCAAGCAGUUCAAGCCACAGCCCAGAUGAAAGAAGGUAGAAGAACAUCAAGUUUAAAGGCUAGCUAUGAAGCUUUUAAAAAUAAUGACUUCCAGCUAGGAAGAGAAUUUUCGUUAGCUAGGGAAUCCACUGGCUAUUCUUCAUCAGCAUUGGCAUCUACAUUAACUCAGACCAUAAGUUCAGCAGCAACAGACUCACGGAGUGGUCGAAAAAGCAAAAACAACAACAAGUCUUCAAGCCAGCAGUCAUCGUCUUCCUCCUCUUCUUCCUCUUUAUCAUCAUGUUCCUCAUCAUCAGCAUUAGCACAAGAACUCUCUCAACAAACAGCAACAAUACCAGAGUCUGAUUCAAAUAAUCAAGUUGAUUGGACUUAUGACCCAAAUGAACCACGUUACUGUAUUUGUAAUCAGGUAUCCUAUGGUGAAAUGGUAGGAUGUGAUAACCAAGAUUGCCCUAUAGAGUGGUUCCAUUAUGGAUGUGUUGGAUUGACGGAAGCACCAAAAGGAAAAUGGUACUGUCCACAGUGUACAGCUGCAAUGAAGAGAAGAGGCAGUAGACAUAAAUAAACUUGGGAAAAGCUUCAUGCAAAGCAUUUUAUACGGGACUUAAACAUCAAACCACAUUUCCUGGCAACCACUUAAAGGAUUAAUAUAGGCAGUCCUAUAAGAUCUUGAACUAUUAAUUUUAUUAGUUGUGUUUUAAUAAUGUAAGUAAAUUAUUUAUGCACUCCCAGUGUGCUAUAAAUACUAUUCCAGUUAGCCUUGGAUUAUUUCAGUGGCCAACAUAUGCAGACAUUUGUACUCUCCAGCCAUUUUCUCGAAGUAAUGGGCAUUCUAUUAUUUAAUCUUCAAAGAAUUCCAACGAUGAAGAUUUUAAGAAAAGUAUUUUAUAUCUAACAGGUAUAUUCUGCUGCAUGUACUGUACUCCAGAGCUGUUAUGUAACACUAUGUAUAUAACUGGUUGCAAAAAAAAAAAAGUCAGUGCUUCUAAAAAGAAUUUAAGAUAAUGGUUUUUAAAUGCCUUUAUAGCUUUGUUUCUUUGUGAAACUAAAUUCAGCAGGCUGAAGAAAAUGGUUCAUGUAUAAAGUGGGCUGGUGUCCUCUAGAGUACUUGGGUACAUAAACAGAAACUCCUGUAGAGUAAAAAUGAAUUUGUGCCAUUAGUCUUUAUAUGUUUCUGCAUCAAAACAGGAUGCAGUUCAUGAGGGUGGGGUGGGAGGGCUUGAGGGAAAAGGGUGUUAAAGUGAUAAAUUUUUAUACCAAAUGUGUUUAUUUUUUUGUGCAAGUAAUCCUUAAAAUUGGAACUGUAUUAGGUGUUAAAAUAAAAUUUUUUUAAAAUUACUUGUAUUUAUAUUUUACACAUUUAACAGAUAAUAGCGAAAAUUUCUAAAGCCCAAUCACCUUUCACCUUUCUCAUUUUAUCUAAAGAGGUCAUGGUCCCAUAAUAUACAGAUUGUUCUGUGAUUUCUUUAAUAUUGUUUGCAAUUUGUGAUGUGAACAUAAGAAAAUACCUUUUUAAUGUAAAUUUUAAAUGCAAAUUUAUUUUUUUAGGAAUACCCUUUUACUUCAGUGUAUAAGGGAAAACAGAGAGAUAUAAUUACAUUAUAUAAAAUAAAAAUGAUUAUUAUAAAAUUAUAUGUCUUAAGGCAAAAUGCUCAACUGAAUGAAUAGACUGCAGACCCCUGAGUUAGAAGCUUACAACUAGAUUCUGUUUUUUAUUUUCCUCCAGACUAUCAUGACAGCUAAGUCACAUUUAAAUGCUCCGGGUCUUAGUUUCCUAUUUAUAAAACCAGAGUGAUUGUCACUGCAGCAUUUGUAAAUUCCUGUAAAACACUGAAUUUUUGUUCCAUAGGUGCUAUUGAAAUCCUAAAUUUUGCAAUGAAUGGGUUUUGACUACUGAGAUGAAAGUUUCUGAUCAGCGGAUAAAUAUGUAAGAUUCUUAAUGUUUCUUUUUUGAAUACCUAUAUAUUGAAAGCUUUGUUGGCCCAUCAGAUUUCAUCUUUACCCAAAACCACAUGGAAGUCCUCGUUCAGAAAAUAGCGCAAGUUCUAUGCAAUGCUAUCCAAGGGGGCUGGAUUAGAUGAUCCCUUCAAGCUCCCUUCAAGCACUAAGAUUCGGAGCUGUCAUAAUAUGUCUCUCAACCAUGUUGUAACAUAAAAGCAAGUUAGGCUUCUUUUUAAGUGAGCACCAAUGACGCCUUUAGUUGAUAGCUUAUUAAGAAAGCCUUUAGAAAACUAUAUAAAAUAACAGUUAUUAGCAUAUUGUCUGAAUAUGCCGCUGAAUUAUAUAAUAUACUCCUUCCUAUGGUGCAGCAUGACUUUCUCCAGUUCAGUCAUCUUACUGUAAUUAGUCAAAGGUAAAAGUUUUUUAUAGCGUCUUAUUUUCAGCACUAUCUUGGCUUCUGAGCCAGGAAUAUACUUAAUUGCUGCUGGGGCCACUUUCAAUGUACGGAUUUCAUUAGAUCCAUUUUGAUUUUUACCAUUGAAAAAAAUUACACGUUGACAAGGGUUAAACUGAAACUAAAUAUAUAUAUAAAGUGGUAAACCAAAAUUUUGUGAAGUUGAUAAGUAAUGGAUAAAAUGUUUUUAAAGCCUGCCACAAAUAAUUGGGCCACAUAUGGAACAGCUACCUCAUCCCAGAAAAUAUGGCCAACUUUUAAUAUUGUCUGUGAUGUAUACGCCAAGGUCCACAGUGAAGGCACCUGGUUUUAUAAAAUGCACAUUCAGAAUCUUUGUUGUACAUGUGAUAAUUAGUAUCACAAAAAAAAUCCAAAUGUGUGGUGGGUUCACAAUCUAUAGGUGGUGAAAACUGAGGCCUUACUUCUGUGGAGUGUGUAUUAAAAUGUUCAUGGUGACACAUUUGAAGCAAUAAAUGGCUUAAUUAAAUGCCUAAAUGAAGCUGAGUGUUUGAUAACCAUAAACUUAAUUAUUCAAAAGGUAGUUUUAUGCUGUAUAGCCAUCUUUCCCUUAAAAAGAAAACUGAAGACUCAAUGAACCAAACAUUUAUUAUGUAUGUAUGCUUUUUGUUGUUUCCUCCUUAGAUUUCUGUGGUGCAUGGAAUUUACAUUUGAUAUUUGAUCAUAUCAUUUGGGAUACUAGGGGUAAAGCAUUUUUACAUUGCAAUUCAUUGCACUUUUCCUAUUUAUUUGGCAUAAAUUUGUCAGGUUUAUUUU